AUUUUGGGCAAACUUUGAAGCUUGAAUAAAUUAGUGCAAUAUUUUAAAAUUCUCAUUACAUCAAGGUCUUUAAUCAAGCUGCAACAGUCGCAAAAUGUUGUAAAUAAUACAAGCUUCGUAAUAAUCUACUGAUCUAUUCUACUGCAAUGGAGGCCCUUAGAAGAACACAGGACGUCUUCGAAAUCGAGAGAAACAUAGUUGGAGAACCAGAAAUAAAAAAUCUGAUGUUGGAUCUUGAAGACUGGUUCAGUGUAAUAGUAAAAUCUGAGAAUAUACUGAGUUGGAAAAAUCCUCGAUCAACAUUGCUUGUAAUAUUUGCAAUCACUACUUUGUUUUUGCUGGUUCACGUAUACGAACCACCAGUCCUGUUUGUUAUGGGUUGUUCAGGAUUGGUUUUAAGCUCAAUAGAUUACUUCGGACCUUUAGUUUUGUCUAGAAUGUUCAAUAAGCCUCCAAGUUACGAAGAUCACUGGUGUUAUUGGAAUUUUUGUAGACGUCUUGUCCACAUGCGUCAUGUACUGAUAAACUUCUUUGUUUUUGUGCAUAGAGUUCGAUAUAGAAACGCGACUCUACAUUUCUUAACUAGUUCAUCUCUUUUGUGCAUAGUUGGAUUUGUUGGAAUACAUAUUAGUGAUUUGUGUCUGGUUUAUCUCUUAAUACUCAUUUGCUUCAUCGCACCAAAUCUGCAUCCUAAAGGAAUAUUAAUGUAAGCCUAAAGGCUUCGGUUUGCACUUAACGAUUAGUUAAGCAGUUAUUUACCAAUCAAUCAGACACACCAUAGACCCACUUAAUUGUUAACAAAAAACCAGAUCAUCCCGAUAAGUACAUUCACAAGACUCAACUAAAGUUUCACAACAUGUAUUGAUCGUAACGAAAUCCAUUCAUCAUACAUGAUAACUAAAUUGCCUUGAUUCUCAAAAUAAAACCAUAUUGUCAAUACAUAUGUAAUAAAAAUGAAUCUAUCUAGAUGCAAACUUGAGCCAUGUGUUUUGAUUAUAUAGUAAGCAUGAAUUGUUAAUAUAGUGAAUUAACACCAAUCGGUAAAGAUGUGAUUAAUACAUACACGACGUGAGCGCAUAACCAUCAUGAGCAGUGCGCUUAUUUUCCGCUAAUGAACAAUUUAUACGAUACUUGGUGUCAGCAGUGCAUAAUUAGUCACAUAAUUGGCUAAGCGCAGUUUUAUUUAUGUGGCUCUGAGAGGCACUCGUAUGAGGCCAAUAAUGCUACCCAACCAACAGAACAUGAAAUAUCUGUUAGUUAAAAAUGCUUUCAACACUAAGCCACUGUAUCUAUAUAACAGCUAUGCUACCUAAUAAUACACCCUCACUUAUGACUUGUUGAACAGUAAUGCUUAGUUGUGCACACUUUUUCACCACACAUAUGACCAUCAUCAUAUAGUUGAAACUUUAAAAGUGAUGAAUCAUUGGUAAGAUCCAAUAAUGAUCACUGAGUAUUAGUUUGGAUAUUUCCAUUCAUGGUACAUUCUAAGUGGUUGGUUGUGAAGAGAUUCUAGCAGCACACUUUUCCUGAAGUACAUUCUAAUGAUUCUGUCUGAGAAGACACCGGAAACUCCAAGACGAAAUUACCCAGCUUAAAGCACGACUGCAAAGUCCUCCUGAACUACAAAUAUUCACCAUCACAAAGUCCCUCUAACCUUUUUAAAACAAACCUAUGAUUCGUGGGAGUUCCAAAUGGAGAUUUAUCGUGGUUUGUUGUUGUUGAGAAAACAUAAGCAACCAAGUAACAAUAUGUAGUAGAAUCUUUUGAGGUCAUAUCACACCAAAAAUUUUGAUUCUAAUUCACAGUAAAUACUCUGCGUUAUCAAAGCUAACAUCAUUGUUCUUUUACUGUUCAAGGAUGCCACCAAGACUAAAAUUUUAAGACUCAACAGUCGCAGUUAACGUGACUUGUCUUACCAACUCUAAAUUAAGAAGAUUCGGCUAAAUUUACCUUAUAAAUUGUUUGAACCGAGUUUAAAAGCUUUUGGACAAUUGUGAAAGGUGUGACGUCUUUUCAUUUUACAGGUCAUUGUUUGGAUCCUCUGGUAUCCUAUAACUAUUCUCCGGUCUUUUGCAUCAAAGUUUCGGCCACGAAUACCGAAGUUUUUAACCCGGAUCCUGCGUAUAUCAAAUAGAAACACUGAUAAAGACCAGUGACACUAUUUUCUUAUUUAUUAUUAAUCUCAUAAUGCUUCUUUUUCUUUAAAUAUUGUCCAAUAUGUCAGUAAGUCAUUUCAAUCAAAGUUACUGGUCACAUAAACUAAUUUGUACAUUGUCUUAAAGUGCUUAAUAUGUAAGGGAAAGGAAAUGUCACAGAUCACAAACGAUUAAUUUGCAAUGGGACAAGACAAGUGUUACUAGGUCGAGAAAUAUUCGCACAAGUAACUGAAAUGUAUGUGGUGUUUUGAUUGAGUAGAAGUCACAUAAACCGUUUCUGUUACCUUGACGUGGUGGUCGGGUUUGCCUAUCGUGAUGAAGGGAUCGAGCUAUACUGGCUGGAACA